UUAUUUGAAGCCUUUUACAAUAUGAGCAAAUUAGGUGACAUAAGAUUGCCAGAAGAAAAAGUUGUAUUUUUUAAGAAAUUGACAAAAUCUCAACUUAAGCCAUUGCCAGAAAUAGAAGGGAAUACUCCAGAAAACAAUGUAAUAAAGCUUCUUGAGGAGAUUCAGAAUGAUAUCAAAGAACUUAAAGACAAUGUUUUGCAAAAUUUAAAAAAUGCCGAUUUUUAUAAGAUAAAAAAUAACUUUGAAGUUGCUGAAAAGUUAUGGCAGGUUAAAAAACAAGAAAUCAUUACCCAAAUGGGUAAUCUGUGUGUAUCUUCAACCCUCAGAUCUACAUCAUUUAAUUAUGAGUCACAUGAUUUAUCCAGCAAUUGCUUUAUAAAAAAACAGAGUGAGGAAAAAGAUGGAAAGUAUUUAAAUUAUCAAUCACCAGAAGGUAUUACCAAAUAUCAUGCAUUUAACAAAUUAUCAAUUAACAGUCAGAUAAAAGAUGCAACAUCUGUGUGCUCACUUGGAUUAAAAACAAACGACUUUUCUUCUAAAGCAAAAUAUUUAAAGAUAACUCAAAAGAAUUAUUCUGAAUCAACUAAACCUCUUCCGCGGAUACUGUUCAAUGACCAAUCACUUAAUAACAUACUAAACUUACCUCUUUACAAUGGUUCAAGGAAAAUCUUCUGGAGAAAAAAAGUCAGGUCAAGAAUAAUGAAGUUUGGUAGUUAUGAUGGUUUGCAUGAAAAUUCUCAGGCAUUUCAAAGUACAACUUUUAUAAUAAAAGAUGGUAUUAUUUGUGAAUCAGAAGAAUACAUUUAUUUCAAACAAUACCACUAUUCAUCAUUGAGUUGUGUCGUGCCAGUGCUCCAAAAAAUAGAAAGACUUUUGCAGAAUUAUUCUGUACCUCUUGCAGUUAUUGACAGAAAUAAACUUGUUGAUAUUGGAUUGAAUUAUGAAAGAGAAACAAUACUUGAUGAUAAGGUUCUUCUUUCAUGCAUAGUCAAUAGAAAAGAUAUUGAAGAAAUAAUAAAAAUACCAGGUCGGAGAUUCUUAGCAAAAGAUGGUCAUAUAUGUGCAGCAGUGAAGAUACAAGCAACCUGGCGCUGUCACAUGGCUCGAGCAUCAUACUUGAUAUUUAGAAAAAGAAAAUGGGCUGCCUCUAUGAUAGCAUUAUCGUGGGUUAUGAAGUGCAAAUUGACCAUGGUUCGUCAGCUGCUUAAAAAUAAUCAAAUGUAUUAUCUUUCUACUUUUAGAAAGAGAGCUAAAGACUUUCAAGCUUUAUGGGCAACAAUUAAGAAAACUGGACACACUGUUAUUCAUAUUCCAUCAUUAGGCUACAAUGUGAACUUGCGACGAUCCAUUGAUAAUAUUGCAACAAUGCAAAAUCAACAGAUUGGGAGAUUUUGCGAUGUCAAAGAUCCUAAUGUUGAAGUAAUUUAUGUAUGUCCUGUGGAAAUAUCCAAAGAAUGUCGUGAGUAUUAUGACACGUUAACCUUGUCAAUGUGUCAGGCAACUGAACAGAAUUAUGAUGAAGUUAAGCAAAGACUGUUGUUCAUAACACCUGACCUACUUGAAAGGUUUAAGGCUCAUAACUUGUGUUUAUCCUCUCUGUUGAAAUACAGUAUGAAAACAUUAAAAAGAAUUCAACUAUUGGUUAAAGGAAAACAAGCUUACAUUGUUCCAGGUUUAAUGCAUGCUGAUGAUCUUUUUAUUGCCCACUAUUUAGAUCUUCCAGUGCUUGGCUGUGAACCAGACAUAGUGCAAAUGUAUUCUAUGAAAUCUGGUGUUAGAAGAAUUUUAGAAAGCUGUAACAUCAGUAUAUCUCCUGGUGCUUUCGAUGUUUGCUCAAUAGAUCAGUUACAUGUUACUUUAGCGAUGUUAGUAACAAAACAUAUACAUAUCUCUCGUUGGUUGUUCAAAAUGAAUGAUCAUUUUGAUGGCAGAGGGACUGCGUAUUGUGAUGUCUUACUUCAUUUAACGUGUUACCAGCAAGUUUUAAAAGAACAAGAAAAGUAUGGUGAAAAUUGGAGUAACCAAUGGGCUUAUGAAGACUCUUAUAAUAAGGUUCUUAAAGAAAUACCAAGUAUUUUGAAAACAGCUGUCCCUGUUGAUAAAAGUGUUUAUGCAACAUGGAAAGAUUUUAUUGAGACUUUUCUAGUGCAAGGUGGUGUUAUUGAGGCAUACCCUCCAUCGCAAAGUAUAACAGGUAUUACAGCUAAUGUUUUGAUUGAGCCAGAUGGUACAAUACUUAUGCUCUCUGUAGCUGACCAGUUUCACUCCUGUUCUUCAUUAAAAUGUUAUGGUUAUACAUUUCCACAAUCUUCUAUUGAUCAUAAUGCAAUCAAAGAAGCUACACACAAGGUUGGUGAAGCAUGCAAGUUAAAAGGCAUUAUUGGAUACAUCUCUAUAGAUUUUGUAACAUUUCUGAAUAAUGCUCAAUUUCAAGAGUUGUGGCCAGUGGGCUUAAAAAUUGGAUAUACAUCUAGUCAUGCUAUGUUUAAUUUAAUAAGUUACUUUACUGGAGGCCAUCUAGAAAAUAACAAUUUUGUUGUAACUGUGCAAAAAAUUAUUCCACCAAGAGUGUACACAUCUUUAAGAAAAAAAGCAAAUCCGCUGCACGAUAAGAAAAGUGAAAGGUACUUCCGCCAUUUUGUAUUUAGUUCAAAUUUGCACCAUUCUAAUUUAAAUUAUUUGCAGUAUGACGUGUUUUUUCAAAUAUGUAAAGCAAGAAAUAUUGGAUACAAUGAAAAGAGAAAGCUUGGUACUGUAUUUGCAUUGUUUGAUAAACAUCGUAGGGACUCAAUCGGAAUGAUAACGAGUGGAGAUACAAUGCAACAGAGCGUGUCAAGUUUUUUAUCGAAUCUUUCUUCUAUUCAUCAGGAUAUUUCUUCAACAAGCAUGCAAGGAAUAACUAAUUUUCAGGGUGCCAUUGACGAUUUGCGUUCCAUUAUUAGAGAAAUGGAGAUAAAUCAAGAAAUGAUUAAAGCUGAUGAUUUAAUAUUUAUUUCGUCGUCAUGAGAUUUAUUUUCUGGUUAUUUCUGACUGUUAUUUUUAUCACGGUGUUCGUGUCAUUUGGGUUGUUAGUUACAUAACACAAUUUUAAUUACAAUUUAGUUUGAAUGAUUGCUUUAUCUAAUUUAA